AUGCAUUCGAAAAAUGAGCUCCGCAAUUGUGUAGCUUUGGCUCUCUCUAGCAUAUUAAAAUACACCCUUGAAUCAGAACCAUACGAGGAAGUAUACGAAGUUGACAAUACUUAUGCCCUAUACGCUGGAUUUGAACUAGCUAGUAAUCGUAGAGUGAUUGCUAAAUUUUCUACCCAGACAGCUCGCAUAGAAGCAGAAUACCAUCUAUUCUGUGACUUAUCAAAAGAUGAACGUGGUCGAGAAUUUGUCUCUGUACCCAUUGAAUUUAUUGAGUUCUCGCACAUUGAUUUAUCAGCCUACGUUUGUUUAGAUGCUGGACAUCGAAAUACAUUGUCUACCUUUUACGGUUAUUUUAGAAAUCAUCCUAUUCAUUAUAUUCGUUACUGUAUCGCGGUCUGCCGAUGCGUCGAAUUCUUACACUCAAAAGAUAUCGUUCAUGGCGAAAUACGAUCCGAUUCGUUUCGUCCUAUAAAUAAUUACGAAGAUGUACUAAUGCUGAAUAUUGGAAGUGGUGUAAGCUCAUUUCAUAAUUAUUUGCAGGCGUACAACUGGCGGCGAUUUUAUGAAGAUUCUCAGUCAAUGUCGAGAAUUACUUAUAUUAGUCCUGAACAAACGGGUCGAACAUCGUACCCCGUUGAUCACAGAACCGAUAUUUAUAGCUUGGGAAUAUUGUUCUACUAUUGUUUGACGGACGGUUAUCUUCAUGAACUUUCUUUUAUCCAAACAAUUCGGUCCAUUUUAACUGAAAAUUUACCAAGUAUUGUUGAUGUUUGUCCAAAUAUACCUAGAACUAUUUUUAAAAUAAUAGAGAAGAUGACGAAAAAGAAUCCUAACGACAGAUACACUUCUUGCUCGAGUGUUUUAGCUGACUUUGAAAUUUGUUACGAAAAUUUGGUAAACGGAAUUACAAGUGGAGAUGGGAGCAUCCAUAAUACAUCAUAUACAUCCCUAUUUAUGCUUCCUUCUUCUACAUAUGGCCGCGAACGUGAAAUUGAAAAAGUAAAAUCCCUACUCCGUCACACCGAGUCAACUUCCUUACCACUAGAUUCUCCUUCUUACCAAAGUUCACAAACCAGUCAUGUAGAUCAUACUGUUGUUAUAUUAGUUACUGGUCCUGAGGGAGUUGGUAAAGCUACUUUCAUUCAGGAUGUUUGUGAUAGGAAGGAGGGAUACAUGGCGAUUACAAAAUGUGAACCAUCAAAGAGUUUUUUAGAUUCCGCCUUAAUUUCUGGAAUUGCUAAAUUGCUUUUACAACUUCUUGCUGAAAAUCAACGUUUAGUGUAUGAUUUUUUUCACAAACUGAAGGAUUCUUUAAAAGGAGAUAUAAGUCAUUUAAACCCGUUUUUUGAUGUCGUUCCCGAAGUUAAGCCAUUUCUUCAAAAAAAUCCUUAUAUUGGUGAAAUCGCUUUCCUUUCAGCUUCGUCUAAUGAAUCUAUGAAGUCUUCAUCAUCCGCUGGUCACAGUCUAAGUGGUCAAGAUAUUCAACAUGAAUCUGAACAGAGAAAUCAGUUCGGACAUCAAGUAUCUUUUUCUAGUGCCUUGAUUACUUUACUCAACAUAAUCUCUUCUAUUAAGCGGUCAACCAUUGUCAUCAAAAACAUUCAUUAUGCUGACGAACUGUCAAUUGAUGUUCUAGAAUGUCUAAUUCGUUGUAAUGUUCCAAUCAAUCUAAUUUUAACGUGUGAGGAUUCUUAUGUUGAAUUACUUGAUAAUUUUCGUGCUUUCUCCAAUUUUGUUCAGGAAGUGAGACUUAAACCGCUGGGCUUUGAUGCAGUAAAUGCGUAUGUCCAGACAACUCUUCACCGUGUCGAUGAAGACUUGUAUCCGUUCACUUCCUAUGUCUAUCAUGUUUGUAAAGGAAAUCCCCUUUUGAUGAGAGAUUUAUUAUCUGAGCUUUAUAAUAAAAAAGUCAUAUAUUUUGACUGGAAAAGCCAUCAAUGGUCAAUAAAUUACGACGAUAUUAAUUUGUUCAACCCUGAAAGUUACAAUAUUGAUGUCGAUUCGUACUCGGUUACAAAACUUUCUGAUUUACCUGAGCACUGUCGUUGUUUCUUGGCUUGGGCUAGUAUGAUGGGUUCAUGCUUUUCGUAUGAAACUGUUCGAAACCUUUGUCAAGAAGUUGAGUUUUUUGACUUUGACAAUGAGUCCUUGGAUUUAUUGCUUAGAAAAGGAAUUAUUUAUGCCAAUUCUACUAGUUCAUAUUCAUUCUCUCGCGGAAGUUACCAGAAAACCAUCAACUCUUUCUAUAGUAAAGAAAAGUUGCAACGUAUGCAUGCACGUCUGUUUGAAAUGUGUGUUGAUAAUCGGGAUAAACACGAUGUAUGCGAUAUCGCAUCUCAUUUCGAUGCAGCAUUUGAUUAUAUUAAAACGGAAGAUAACUCGACACUAAAUUUUACUUAUCUUUACCUCGCUGCUGAAGAAGCUCUCAAUGUUGGAGCAAAUAAGAAAGCACUAAGUUUAUAUAAUAGGUGCAUUGAAACACUUCCAUUUAAACCAUAUCAUAGGGAAAACGAUGAUGAGAGAAAACAGAGGGUCCGAAUUUAUAAUGGCUGUGCCCAAGCGAAUUUAGUUAACAACAAUCCAGAGAAGGCGAUGGAAAUGAUAGCGUUGGCUGAAGCCGAAUCGAGCAAUACUACUGAAGCUUUUAGAUCUAGAUUAUUGCGCUGUCAGAUAUUGUUUGAAGGUGCGCGUACCGAUGAAUCGCUUUCUCUUGUUUUAGAUUAUUUAUCUCAACUGGACUUUACUAUAGAACAGUAUAAUAUGGCGGAUGCGAAGAGAAUUUUAGCGUCUUUCAUUCCAAAACUUAUGAAAUAUAUGGAAGAGGGAAAAAAUGUCGAUUUCGAAAGUGCGGUAGCGCUUGACGAUCGUUGGGUCGAAAUUUUGUAUUUCUUAUUUCAGGGUUUUGUUGCAUCAUCUACAUGCUAUCGGUGUUCCUCAAUGGUCGUAAACUUUGCGAUUGCUUUUAGCAAGGUGUUCUUAAAAUAUGGAUUUUCGAACUACGCUGGUUUUACCUUACUUUUCUUCUCAGUUACAGCAAUGUCCAUUCUUGGCCCUUCCGUUGCUUUAGUACAAAUGUGUGAUUUUGCAAGGAAACUCAACCAAAAGAAUCCGAACUACAAUAUGCAGACUUAUACAGAGUUCUUUUAUUUAUUUUCUGUUGGGUAUAUAACAGAAUCUUUUCAAAAAAGGCUCGUUUCUAUCCGAACACUGGAGAAACACUGUGAGCCAUCAAGUAAUUUUCUCAUAAAGUAUCUUCGUGUGUUUUCAAUUUGGGAUAAUUUUCUUUUAUCCUCAAAUUAUAAUGAUUAUAUGAUCGAGUUUGAUAAAACGUGCAAUGAAUUUUUGAAAGAACGAUUUUUCGUUGAAGAAAAUGCACAUUUUCCUGUUCUACGAAACCUAUUGCAAUGUUUCUUAGGAGAAGCUAAUUUCGAUUCUUGCGAGUGUACGCAUUAUGAAAAACGACCGCUAUCAAUAUCUUCUGAAAGGGGUAUUUCAGACGCUUUCGGUCCUUGGUAUUUCGCUUGGUAUUUGUUAAACCUAUUUAUUUCAGAGGAUUGGGAAAAUACUGCAGCUUAUGGGUUGAAUAAACUGCCGCAUUACUAUGACGGAUGUUUCCUACCAUCUCCAGGUUGCUUUGGUUAUUUUUUGCUUUGCUUAGCUAUUGCUAACAAGGCAAUAGCUAACGGUACGUUGCCCGAAAACGAGCGGAAGUUUUUUUUGGAAAAAUUGAAACUCUUCGAGUAUUUAAGUGCUGUAUCCAACAACAGUCAAAUAGUCCUGUAUUCUUGUUAUUUACAGGCAAGUUAUGUUUCUUUAGAAGGUAAUUUUGAAGAAUCAUCAAUGUUGUUUGAGAAGGUGGUAUCCCUAGCGACCAAAUCUAACGUUCGCCUGAUUGAAGCAUUUGCUCUCGAGAGCGUAGGCAAAUUAUUUUGCAAGAUGCAACUAACUACUUCUGGCAUCCAUUACAUUGAACAAUCCAUGAAUGCCUAUAAAUCUUUAGGAUUGAAAAGAAAAUACGAGAUGUUAAGCGAACGCAACAUAUAUAACUUACCUUCUAAUUUGUUGAAAUUGACCGUUGAUGAGAUUGUUCAAACUGAUAUUGCAGAGGAAGAAAAAGUUGUUUAUUCCGAUGGUAGUGAUGAAGCAAAUAAUGGAGAACUAGCAGAGUCCAAUUAUCAAAUAUCAUUUCCCAAUGAAGACUACGAGGACCAAACAUCUACAGUAGCAAAUGUUGGAGAUGUUUCUCUAGAAGAGCUUCUCAUAUCGCUAGACAUUAUUGAUUUAACCUCAGUUAUGAAGUCAUGUCAAAUCAUCGCUAGUGAAACUGAAUUGGAAGGUCUACUCUCAACGAUGACACAGCGGAUGCUUGAAGACUCCUCAGCAGAUGCGGCUGCAAUUGUCAUAAGAGAUGAUACUCACUUCACUGUUGCAGCAUAUCGUACUGAGAACAUUAACGAAGGGUUUUCCCCACCUAUUCCGAUUUCUGAGAAACAAAAAUUCGUUCCUUCAAAAGUUAUAAAUUAUGUGGUUCACACUCAGAAAGCUUUAUUCUCCCAUAGUAUACACAAAGAUUUCAAUUUGCAAAAUGAAGAAUGGAACAAACAAAAUUCCAAAGGAAAAAGUGCAAUCGUAAUUCCACUUUUUCAAAAGAAGACUGUGUUUGCUAUUUUGUAUCUUCAAGGGCCACCUUUUUCAUUUCAUCAUCGGCACCUUUCUGUGCUUUCUAUCCUAGGAUCUCAAGUCAGUUUCGCAAUUGUCAAUAUUUCGUUAUUUCGUAAAGUUAAGGAAGCUACGAAUGCUAACAUGGAAAUUAUUAAGGCGCAACGAGAAGCCCUCAGUUUGGUUCAGAAAUCAGAAGCAAAAUAUAGAAGCUUCGUGGAUACUAUGCCUUGUUUGCUUUCCAAGCUUACUUAUGAGGAUGGAUUAAAGGUUGAUGUAUUUGGCUCCUUUUGGAAGGAGUACUGUGGUGAGAUAGAUUUAAGCAAAUCAAAUAUUUACAAAGACCUUGUACAUCCAGAAGAUUACAGCAUGUUAGAACAAUACAUCCGUUCGCAAAGCGAUGUAAAUGCUCCCUUUGAAAAGGAAAUCCGCAUAAAAAGAAAAGACGGAAUUUACAGAUGUAAUUUGAGCCGCUGUACGCCUGUUUUGACUGAAUCAAAGUCGAAACCGAUAUAUAUAUGUGCCACUAUUGAUAUUGGGGAUCAGAAAGAAGCAAGAGCAACUGCUUUAGAGGCAACGCGAUUAAGAUCCAACUUCCUUGCGAACAUAUCGCAUGAACUACGAACACCAUUUUCUGGUUUUUACGGCAUGCUGUCGUUGUUAGAUGAGGCUAAUCUGGAUUAUGAACAACGGGACAUUGUAAAUGCCGCGCGACUGAGCUGCGAAAUGUUAUUACAAGUCAUUAAUGACUUACUUAAUUUUAGCAAAUUGGAAGCCGGCAAAGUAACUUUGGAAUCAGAUUUGGAGUUUUCCUUGGAAGGAGUUAUAAUAGACUGUAUUGCAUCCAUUUAUUCCGUUUCUGGUAGCAAAAAUGUAAGAGUUUCUUACGAAUUAUCUGACGAUAUUCCUUACUUUAUUGCUGGUGAUGCUUCAAAGAUUGGUCAAAUGCUUAAGAGUAUACUUGAUAAUUCUGUGAAAAUGGUUGAGAGUGGCUUUAUACGCGUAAAGGCCUAUAUUUCUGAAAAUGGGACGAAUGAUGAUUUAAGACUUACUUUUAUUGUUGAAGAUAGUAGACCACACAAGAAUGCGAUGUUCCAGGCAAAUUUGAUUAAUUCCUUGAAUAAAUACUGUAAUGAUUAUUUGCCUAUGGAUUUGAGUGGAUCAGCUCUUGGGAUGUCAACGUGUUUGCAGUUAUGUAAAAUUAUGGGAGGUUCAGUUUUUGUGACAGUUUCAGAAACUUCCCCCACUUUUAGAAUUUGUUAUGAUUUGAAGGUCCGUAAAUUACAGGAAGGACGUUACAGACAGGUUACAGCAGAAUUGGUUGAAGCGAAUCGGAAGUUCAAUGACUAUAUUCAAAGCAGGCACAUAAUACGUGCUACGAAUGAACCACUUCAGAGUGAUUAUAUUCUCAGGCUUAUGGCUAGAGCAGAAAGGUUGGAUCGUAUUAACAGCAGUCCCGACACACUCUCAAGUUUCCUUCAUUACUGUCGAAAGGAUGGGAACAUCGCUCGUUCUCUCUUGGUAUUGGAUGUAGACUCUGUUGAGUAUUUAGAGAAGGCAGUUGCUGAAAUUGAGCCCUUUCCUGAUUUGAAUGUUAUAUUCGUUUCUUGUGUGCCUCAACUAAAUAGAGUAUUUGAUCGAAAGUCAAUAUUGCGUGACUUUCGUGAAUACGUAAAUGAAUGGAGAACUGUGGUUACAAAGCCUUUUACCAAGGAGCAGUUCAUAGAUGCAACUUUGAGUAUUGUUCAUCUAGGACAGGACAAGCUGUAUGAAACUUCUCACUUUUUGCCCUCUAGUGAGGAGCGAACGGAAAUUAAUAUACAAAAUUGGCGGCAUAAAGAAAUACGAAUUUUAGUAGCCGAAGACAACAGUGUCGUGCGUUUAACUUUGUGUAAACAGCUAGAACAUCUGGGCCUACUUGUUGAGAGUGCCAAAGAUGGAAAAGAAGCCAUUGACUUAAUUACUUCUCAUCCUUGUGGAUAUUAUGGUCUUGCAUUUAUCGACUACCACAUGCCGCAUUAUGAUGGUAUAGGUGUGAGUAAGAAAAUGCGGGAGUUUGAGCAAAAAAAUCACUUUGCAUUUUCUGUGCCAAUUGUACUAUUAACAGCUGAUAUACAACCUUCAAUCGAAGUAGGAAAAGAAGAGAUCGGUAUCACGAAAUACGUAACGAAACCCAUCCGAAAAGAUAGGUUGCUAGAAAUUUUGGAUACUUACUUGGUAUAA